UGAGCUCAGGGGGUUGUGCUGUAGGUGUUGCAUUUCCACGGCCCUCUCCUUCUCUCUCUCUCUCGUCAGGAGGGGGGAGAAAAGAAAAAAAAGAGAAAAGGGGGAACAAUCCAUCGGCCAUGGCGGAUGGUAACGCCAGUAGCGUCGACGCCGGGAGAUGGAGAGACCUGGACAAGCUGCUCCUUCGUCCAGGGCAUCUCGUUGGUCAGAACUUCGAACCAGGGGCCGAGUUAAGAGAUGAUCUUCAGGCGUAUGUGAAGGUCUUGGUGGUGGGUGCUGGAGGGUUGGGAUGCGAAUUGCUUAAAGACUUGGCUCUUUCGGGUUUUCGGAACCUUGAAGUUAUAGAUAUGGACAGAAUUGAAGUCUCUAAUUUGAACCGGCAAUUCCUUUUCAGGCUCGAGGACGUUGGAAAGCCAAAGGCUGAGGUGGCUGCAUUGCGUGUUAUGGAGCGUGUAAGUGGGGUGAACAUAGUUCCCCAUUUUUGUCGGAUCGAAGAUAAAGAUAUAGAAUUCUAUAGUGAUUUUAAUAUCAUUGCACUUGGUCUUGACUCUGUUGAGGCACGAAGUUACAUUAAUGCUGUGGCCUGUAGUUUCCUUGAGUAUGAUUCUGAGGACAAACCAUGUGAAGAAACUAUAAAACCCAUGGUGGAUGGUGGAACCGAAGGCUUCAAAGGUCAUGCUCGAGUUAUCUUGCCAGGAAUUACGCCGUGUUUUGAGUGCACAAUUUGGCUUUUUCCUCCUCAAGUGAAAUUUCCAUUAUGCACGCUGGCUGAAACCCCAAGAACUGCUGCCCAUUGUAUUGAGUAUGCUCACUUGAUUAAGUGGAACGAGGAACACAGUGGAAAGCCUUUUGAUGCAGAUAAUCCAGAACAUAUGCAAUGGGUUUACUUGCAGGCCCUCAAGAGAGCUGAACUCUUUGGUAUUAGUGGUGUUACAUAUUCCUUCACACAGGGUGUUGUGAAGAACAUUAUCCCAGCAAUUGCAUCUACAAAUGCUAUUAUAUCUGCGGCCUGUGCACUUGAAGCCUUGAAAAUGGCAACAGGAUGCAGCAAAACACUGUCCAACUAUCUAACGUAUAAUGGCGUUGAAGGACUUCAUACAAAAGUAACUGAGUUUGUCAAAGACAAAGAUUGCCUCGUCUGUGGCCCUGGUAUUCCUAUUGAGUUGGACCCUUCAACCACUCUACAGAUGUUUAUUGAUCUCCUUGGAGAACAUCCAAGACUGUUCCUACAAAAACCAAGUGUGGCAUAUCGAGGCAAAAAUCUAUACAUGCAGGCGCCGCCUGUAUUGGAAGAAAUGACAAGAUCAAACCUGCAGCUCCCUCUUUUUGAACUGAUGGACACAGUCCCAAAGGAUGUUGUCCAUGUCACUGGUAUGACAAAAGUCAAUGACAGGAAGACAUCGUGCGUUAGAAAAUUGCGAGUUAUCUUCAAGGGGAUCAGAGAUGGGAUUACAGAUAUGGAUACUUCAUCAACUGUGUGAAUAACCAUCCAAGUUGCCUUCAAUUUGGGUUGUCGAUACAAAAUUUGGAAAGUAGCAACUUUAUCGCAGCUUCAGGAAAAUGUGAGGAUUGAAUAUAACAGAAUCUUCACUUGGUUGAUCACAAGCCUUGCGUUGGUGAUUUCCCAACUUGCUGAUGGCCAGAUGACAUUAAGGUUCAGAGCACGAGCAGUCUGAAAAGGCAAAGUUAUAGACCCUUAGCAAAAGAAGGAAUCUAUUCGGAUUUGUAAAAGCUUGAGGAACAUUGUUUUUCUCCAUUUUUUUUUUCGAGAUAUACAUAUACCUUUCAUGGGUUAAACCCUUCAUUUUUGGCAUUCUUCGAACGAGAUUCAAAAUUAAGCAAUGAUACAGAUGAGUGAUGACAAAUUA